UAUCUUUAUUUCAGACCUUCAGCUAGAGCAGGCACUAGAGGGCGACGUCAGGUCAACACACCCACGUUUUUGAGAAGUUUCAAUUUGAGUCGUGCUAACUCCCUCAUUCUCGACUACACCAUGCUUGAUGGCCCGUUCAUGUCGGUACGGGGCAUCGAACUGUCUACUUCGGGUGAGAUCUCAACACCUGGGCAACGGACACCAUUUGGACCUCGUCCACUGGCACUUCCCACUACGGUAUCACCCAGUCUUUUGCAACUUGUCGUCUCGGACUACGUACCGAAUUCGCUAAUGUAUCACGGACAUCUAAUUGGCCUUUUCAAUACUCGCAUCGAUUCCAUGACACCCCAGCUUGGACCGGUCAUGCGUACCACUUGCGACAUGAGCACUGGUUCGCUGUUCUGUGUGGGCGAUCUCUUUCCAACGCUCCGCGAUCUGUUUCCAAAUCGAGAAGUCGCAUUUUCAUUUUCCACAAUUAAAGCGCCUGCUUUCAUCGUUCGUCAGCCAGAACGAGGUGGAAUUCGUUUCCGAAUGCUCGGCUUAAUCGAUGUAGCUGUCCUCGGACCAAAUGGCGAUUCACCCGUUGGGGCUAUGGAGAUCCAUAUUGAUGCAUCGAUGAAGAUGAAAAUGUCUUCGAAAUCAGUACGAGGCAAAGUGAACCUUGAGACGAUCAGGCUGGUCACUCGCUCACCGCGGACACUCGUUCAAGACGAAUUGGAUGAUGCCGGUUUCCUAUCGCGUGAAAUUUUACAGCGUAUGGUAAAUGAUAUUCUGAAGCAGGGCAUUCCCAUACCAGUUCAUCCACUGUUUAAACUACAAAAACCAAAGCUCUCAUUAGCAGAACGUUCAAUGGUGCUCGAGACGGACUUCAAACUGAAUCGUAAUCUUAUUCGACAAUUGAUUGGCGAGAAGCUCGCCUAG